AUGGCCGACGUAGAUGACAAAGAAAAGGCCGAGAAGCUCGCCGCUGCAAAGAAACGCUUCGAGGAGUUGAAGAAGAAACAGAAGGGCAAGAAGGGUGGAAAGAAAAAGGCAGACAAGGCCGAUGCCACUGAAGAGAAGGAUGAUGCAGCAGUAGAGACUGCAGCAGACGGCGAUGCACAAGAAGCCGAAACCGAUGGUCCCACAGAAGAGAAGGUAGCCGACGAUACGCCAGCCGCCGCAGACAAGGAAGAAGAGACGGGCGAGGAUAAGACCGAAUACAAGGGCGAAGAUGCGACAGAAGAAACAGCAGCAGACGAAGCUUCGGCUAAGCGACCAUCACACGAGCGCAAACCAUCCCAGUCCGAGCAGUCGAGACAACGAUCCGCAUCCUUCAGACAGAAUUCUGGCAUCACCUCUCCAUCUCUAUCCAAAUCGCCCGCUCUCCCAUCCAUCAGUGCCGAAGACGAGGUUCAAGACAUCUACCGCAAACAAGCAUCACGCAUUGAGGACUUGGAGAAAGAGAACAAGACGCUUCAGGAUGCCCAAGCAAAGCUGCAAAAGGUCGAGGAUGAGCUGGAGCAGUUGAGAGAGAGCAGCGGUGAUGUGGCUGAACUCAAGUCAAAGGCUGCUCUGGCCGACAAGCGACACGACGAGAUUGAGAAGCUGAACUCCGAAUUGACAUCAGUCCAACGACAGCUCGCACAAGCUCAGCAGCAAGUAGCCGACAAGCGACGCAAAUCCAAUGCCAGCCCUUCGCGCGAGAUGCAGGCACAACUGGCCUCCAAGACGUCGACAAUCGAAUCGUUAGAACUAGAAUUGUCCAACUUGCGGAACCAAUACAACAUGUCGCAGUCCUCCGUCUCGGCCCAUGAAGCCACUAUCAAGGAACUGGAACAGCGUGCCACCACAGCCGAGCAAGCCGUAGAGACUGCUCAGAAGGAGAUCGAGACAUUGAAAGAGACAAUCAACAAGCCGGUCGAGACGGAGAAGAACGACGCCGAAGACCCAGCCGCUCUACAAGCAAAGAUUACAACUCUAGAAUCUGAUCUACGAACCGCCCAAUCCUCAGCCGACACAGCGACCAGCCGCGCCGGCUCCCUGGAACAAAAAAUCGAAACCCUAACAAAACUCCACAAAGACCAGACCAAUACCCACGAUACCCAAAUUAAGGAUCUGACCUCCAAGCUGGCCUCACUAAAAACGUCCCAAACUCCCGCUGCAAACGACACAGACUCCAUCGCAGACGAUGCGAAUGACCUCGAACGCGAGCAGCUACACCAACGCAUCCGCUCCCUCGAAGCCGAGAACACCGAUCUCCGCCGCGGCGUAUGGCGUGACCAAAGAGCUGCCCUCCAACCCGACAUCAACGAUGCCUCCCCUGGCUACGAGGACGUCGAUCUCAGUAACCCUUACGCCGCACCUUCAUCCUCGCAACGCCCCCAUGCCCGCACCGGUAGCAGUUUCCAAGACGUACUGCAGAGCGGGAUUAAUGCCUUUACUGGCGGACAAAGAAAGCAAUCGUUGGGUUUGUUGAGUGAAGAGGACUUGGAGUUUGAUGAGGAUUCCUUCAGGAUUGCGCAGGAAGAAGAGGGAAAGAAGAGGAUUGAACGUAUCAGAGAGGUCAAGCGUGGAUUGGAGGGAUGGAGGGGAUGGCGUGUUGAUCUUGUGGACGUAAGGGCUGGAGGGCUAGGCGGCGGCGCUGCCACUGGACCUAUGUUUGAAGUCUAA